AUGAGCCACACACAGCUCGACGACGAUGUGCUUUUACACAUCGCAUCUUUUGUGGAUGAGGACGCGCUGCCUACCCUGAUGCAGACAUGCCCGUUACUUCUCUACUACGGCGGGAGACGUCUGCUCCAGGAUGGUGUUUCCCUCAACGACGACAAGCGUAUCUGGUCCUUCGUAACUUUCAUGCUCAACAAACACCACUCAUACCGACUCAAGGUACUCCAAUCCUUGAGGUUGAUAUCACCAUCUUAUUGCCCAUCCCGCCCCCCGAUGCUCUCCCGGAUUACCGGUAUGGCGCUCGCGACACUGUUUCAGUCCCUUGCAGUCUCCGGCGAUCUGCGCAGCCUGUGCAUCGUCGACUCUGAGCGGUUUCUGCGGCUACACCCUUCCGUGCCAGAUGCUAUCUCCAGGAUAACGACACUCGAAUGGCUGAGUGUCACGCAAGCCGGGCUAUGCACCGUCAGGAUGCUGGGCAAGCUGCAUUGCCCUUUGGAGAAGGCCACGGUCGUACUGGCGCCCCCCGGCGACGAGGAGGGCAGGAUGCUAUCAGCUUACGCUAGGAAUCCAAUGUGGUUUUUGCGCAAUUUUAGUGACACCUUGUAUCGGGUCUCCGUCACAUUUUCCACAUCUGCACUCGUCGAUCCAUGGUACCCUCACGUCACCAGUCUCCACCUCAGCUUCGCCGACCUCCUCCACACAUGUCAUUACGUUCAGGCAUUCCCCAAUCUGCAAGUCCUAUCCACUGAUGACUGCAACGUGUUCAAGCGUCGCGAGGAGUACGAGCCACGGCGUGCUUGCAACAUCAUGGAGCAGGCCGAGUUCGGGAUGUGGACGUCUCUCAGCAGCUACCACGGCUCCUUCCUGACUCUCUACCUGCUCGGGAUUACGCAGUGCAUCCCUACGCUCGUAAUCGACCAUGCCGAAAAUGAUCUGGAGCCCGAGAUGCUUCGCACGGUCUUGGGGGAUACUCGUCCGCGACGGUUCGAGUUCUCCCUCGAUAGUGUCUUUUGGGUACUCGAUCCUGACUUCUGGCCCACGUUCACUUACGACGGUGUUGAUGGGCUGCGGUACUUCAAGCUCGAACUCAUGCUGAGCACACUGGAUGAGACGACGGACAUCUUGGCAGUUUUGGAGGCAGUCAUCGUACAUGUCCUCAAACCUCUCCAGUCCCUUGUGGCGGUCUGGAUUACCGUCGACUUCUCCUGGUACUUCAAUGACGACGGUCCGCUGUCGGCCGAAGGUGAUCCGCUACUAGUACACGUCGAGGAGGCGCUAGUGGAAUGGGAUAUGGACGCCUAUGCGCAACGGAUACAAGACGAAGUCGGCGGGUCCGCCACAGCACUCCGCUCUAUCACCGUCUCCCUGUGGAACCAUCGUUCGCUGGAGGAUACGACCGUCACUCUCGGUAUGAAAUACGAGCCUGACGUCCACGACGAAUGGAGCGCCGAGUAG